UUUACAAGCGCGAGGGGGCGCCUGUGUUGCCAUAGGAAUGUAAACAUUUCCUUGUCCUCUGGCCUUGACUGGUGUUUUGGCUUUCAUAGCUAGCCUAAAGUUUCGCUACUAUGGGAAGUAUUACAGAUGUUUACUCCUCUGUCUGCAAAGAACUAAAACUACGAACUAAUCGAUACAUUUUAGAAGUCCUGCAAGAGACGGAGGGGAAGACGGGAGACAUCACACUCAAACUGACUGGGAACGACAGGCUGAGAAAGGUAGAACAAGUGACCAACAAAGAUGCUCUCGCUCUGUCCAGAACCCUCCGAGACAACGACUCAGUGACAGGUCUGGACUUGAGGUACAACUGCAUCACAGAUGAGGGGGCGGGACACCUCGCUGACCUCCUCAAGGAGAACGUGUGUCUGCGCUUUCUGGACCUGACGUGUAACGACAUUCAGACAGACGGAGCUGAAUACAUUGCAAAGAGUUUGACUUCUAAUGAUGCCCUCCUGUCUCUGAGGCUGACUGGUAAUAAGAUAGGGAACGGAGGAGCCAUGCACUUCGCCAGCAUGCUGCAGGUCAACUCUACACUACAGGAGCUGGACGUGGCCGACUCUGACCUGGGGACUCAGAGUGUGAUAGCGUUUGCCAUCGUCUUGAACAACAACAAGAGCCUCCGAUCUGUCAACAUCAGCAGACCUCUACUCUUCAGCCACCAGGAGGAGACAGCAGUCCAUCUGUCAGGUAUGUUGGUAGUUAAUCAGUGUCUGAGGGAGCUGCACCUGGGAAAGAUGGGCAUGACUGACUAUGGAGUGGAGAGACUCACUGACGCCCUGAGAACCAACUACACCCUCAAAUACCUGGACUUACGCUGUAACCGUGUGACUCGUGACGGGGCGCGGUGUCUAGCAAAGGUCCUGAAGAACAAUGGAACCUUGGAGAUUCUGGACCUGGCGUCCAAUCGCAUCGAAGACGAUGGUGCCCUCUACCUCAGCCAGGCUAUCGCCUUGCCCACCUGCAACCUCAAAGCGUUGUCUAUCCCCAAUAAUAACAUAGCUACUGUUGGUCUGGUGUCUCUGUCUCGGGCCAUGCAGGCUAACAACACUCUCACACACAUCUACAUUUGGGGGAACAGACUGGAGGAGCCGGUCUGUCAGGCUUUCAGUGAUCUGCUGUCCAGUGGUCGUCUGUCGUCGGAGCAGACCGAUGUGUGUGUGUACGAGGUGGACGGGUGUGUGUGUCUGGCUGAGGUCUUCCAUGGGCUGAAGAGGCACUACUACUGGACACCCAGCUACGGACAGGAUGUAAAUCCUGCUAGCAAUGCAGCUGUGGCCCUCACAAAUACACAACUCUAUCCUAACUCCUCACACACACCCUAAACCCUUAAUAAUACUACCCACCUGGCGCACAUUCAGUUAAACUUGAUGCAUACAUGCACUCUAAUAAAUAUCUAAUAAACUGUUUUAAGUAA